AAAAGCAAGCUCAUUCUUUCACCACGCGCCCAGAACCGAACUGCUUUAAAACCCACACGAUAUAUACCUUGUUUUCCUGUAACAUCCAGUCAAAAUGGUCAAAGAGACCAAGCUCUACGAUUCAUUAGGUGUAUCGCCUACAGCGACACAGGAGGAAAUCAAGAAAGCAUACCGGAAAUCGGCUUUGAAAUGGCAUCCCGACAAGAACAAGGACAACCCGCAGGCGGCCGAGAAGUUCAAAGAAUGCUCGCAAGCAUACGAGAUCCUGUCCGACCCCGAAAAACGCCAAACAUAUGACCAGUAUGGCCUCGAGUUCAUUCUCCGGGGCGGCCAAGCUCCACCAGAGGGCGCCGAGGGCCCUGGAGGCAAUCCGUUCGCAGGCAGCGGUGGCUUCCCCUUCGCAGGCGCAGGGGGCAUGCCUAGUGGCGGAGGCGGUGCACGAACAUUUCAUUUCUCCACUGGCGGCGGCGGCGCCAACGGCUUCAACUUCUCGAACCCAGAGAACAUAUUCUCUGAAUUCCUACGCGGCAGUGGAGGAGGUAUGGGCGGCGACGACGAUGACUUCGGCGGCUUCGGCGGCUUUGGUGCAAGUGGCAUGCCCGGCGGCAUGGGUGGUUCACGUGGCGGCCGACCAGGAGGGCGCUUCUCAGGAGGCAGGAGAGCACCAGAACCCGAGGUCACGGUUGUCGAGAAGCCGCUGCCGGUCACACUCGAGGAAAUGUUCAACGGUACGACGAAGAAGCUCAAGAUCAAACGGAAAACAUACGACCAGACGACCGGUAAACAGAGCACAGGCGACCGGAUCCUGGAGGUGCCGAUCAAAAAGGGGUUGAAGGCCGGCAGCAAGAUCAAGUUCUCGGAUGUCGGCGACCAGGUCGAAGGCGGGACCCAGGACCUGCACUUCGUCGUCUCAGAGAAACCCCACCCCCUCUUCACCCGCGAAGGCGACGACAUCAAGCGCACCAUCGACCUCGAUCUCAAAGAAGCCCUCACCGGCUGGCGCCGCACCGUUACGACCAUCGACGGCAAACAACUCAGUGUCGGCAGCAACGGGCCUACAGGCCCUACCUGGACUGAGCGCUACCCCAACCUCGGCAUGCCUAAAAGCAAGAAGCCUACCGAGCGUGGCGACUUCGUCGUCGGGGUCAAGAUCAAGUUCCCGACCAGCCUGUCACAGCAGCAGAAGGAGCAGCUGCAAGCAAUUCUGUAGUUUUGGUAUUUUGUCGCGCUGUUUCCAGUCUGAGCAGCGCGUGGUGUUAGUGGCGUUUAAGCGUGCAGGCGGGUCCGGCGUUCGCUUCUUUGUGUAUAUUAGGGGUUGGUGGCAGGGCGAGAGAUGCCCGGCACGGACAGCAGUAUAGUAUGGAAGACGAUGAGACGAUUAAUGAAGUUUAUGAAUGACAAUGUCAAUAGCAGAGUCUAUGCUACAUGAGUGUGAACCUUGACACGAGUGCAAUUAUGAACAUAAAUACGACAUGGGUCAAGCAACGAAU